AGAGAAAAAACUAUUUUCCCGCAUUCUCACAGACGCUCAGCGGUUCAGUUUGACAUCAAAUUUGUACUUCGUUGGUGUUUGGCUCUCGACUCUCAAUUGGAUAGCAUUUAGCAGAACUUUUUACCUCAAAAAGUACCUAUAUUUUUUCACAGGAGGGUGUUUCCCAGCCGACGCCUCAAGAAAAUGUCUAGCCCAAGCAAAGAAAAUUUGCCUAAAGUUCCUGCUCCUUUGAAAGAUGAAUUAGCUCAAUUUGAUUCUUCAAAAAUGAAGCAUACUGAAACACAAGAAAAAUGCUCCUUGCCAUCUAAAGACGAUGUUCAACAAGAAAAAGCACAUAACAGUAUUCUGACUGGUGUUGAAGGGUUUGAACGUUCCAGGCUAAACUCUGUAGAAACUCAAGAAAAAGUUAUUUUGCCAAAUGCUGAAGAUGUUGUGCAAGAAAAAAUACACCAGAAUAUGGUAACUAGCUUGGAAUCUUUUGAUAAAGCUGCUUUGCAUCAUGCUGAAACAAAGGAAAAGGCAGUUUUGCCUAGUUCUGAAAUAAUUGAGCAAGAAAAGGGCCACCAAAAAUUAGUGCAUGGAAUUGAAAACUUUGAUACUUCAAACUUGAAGCAUGCAGAGACAUUAGAAAAAAAUAUCUUGCCUUCAAAAGAAGCCAUUGCAAUGGAGAAGAGUGCUGCUUAGCUUCAAUGUAUCUACAUGCAAAACUUCCAUGUCCUCAAGUGAUGUAUUUAGUGUCUGUGUAAAACCAUCGAAUUUGUUCUCAACCAUGAAAAUAUUUAAUCAAUUUUAUGUAAACUUUUUUCUAAGACCUUGGUUUGAUAAAUUUAAAGAAAAUCAAUAUAUCUGUAUAAUAUUUUUUCAAAAAUAUGUGCUUUUAUAUUUCUCCAUUUUGUAAUGCUUAUCAAUUCCUGAAUAUCAUUUAUAUUUGCUAGUCUUCUGGGAAGUUCUUUUCAUCACAGAACUUUUUUUUUCCAGUUUAUACUUUUGAUACUUAAACUAUAUUUUUCGAAUAUUUUGCUUUUGUAAUAUUAGAUUUUUGUAUUCUACAUAAAGUACUUAUAAAUCUUA